AUGCUUGUUGAGAUGAGCCCAAUCUUACGGCCAAACAUUGAGGUGUACGAUUGCAAAGUCGAAGAAAGUGCGAUGAAGAAUGCUAAAAAAUGCGUCUAUGGGCACACCAAGUUUGAGGACAUAGGAGAUCUUGGCGAGAACAUAUGGAAGACUACUGCCAAGAAGAUGAAUAAGGCAGAUGCCGCGAAGCGGAUGUGUGAUGGGUGGUUUGGCGAGCUAGAAAAAUAUGGUGUGGGACAAGACAACGUGCUCACAGAAAAACUCUUCUAUCGACCGAAUAUGCCGAUUGGUCAUUACACUCAGAUGGUGUGGCAGAACACCUACAAGCUCGGAUGUGCGAUCGAGUGGUGUAACGAUAUGACUUAUGGGGUUUGUCAAUACAGCCCAAGCGGGAACUACCUUAACCAGUUGAUCUAUGAAAAAGGAGAUCCAUGCAAAAACUGCAAAAAAUGCAGCAAGAACGAGGGUCUCUGUAUCAUCGCAUGA